AUGUUCUUACUUUUGACGCUGAGGGGGAGGGCCAUUGACUUUGCCGUCUGGAUUGAAGACCUGGCAGCUGUACUUACUGGGUGUGGUCCUUCCCCCCUGCUGCCCUCUGUCGCCUCUGCCGCUGCGGCCGACCUCAUUGGUUUUGAGUCGGUCGGCGCGGCGUCUGCCCCCAGCGGCAGACGCCGCUCUGGCAAGGGCAAGGGGGGCAAGGGAGCGGGUGGAGCUAGAGGGGGCGGUGGAGGAGGCGGUGGGGGUGGCGGGGGGAGUGGGGGUGGCGGUGGGGUGGUGGCGGGAGUGGAGGUACUGGUGGCGGCGGUGGAGGCGGAGGUGGCGGCGGAGGUGGUAGCGGAGGAGGCGGUGGGAGCGGUGGGAGCGACGGUCCUGGUGGGGGAGGUGGAGGUGGAGACGGGGGUGGCGGUGGAGGCGGGGGUGGCGGUGGAGGCGGGGGUCGGAGUGGCUCGUCCCAGCGGAGCAGCUCUGGGGGUGGUCAGCGCCAGCAGCAGCAGCAGCAGCAGCAGCCGCAGCAGCAGCCCAGCAGCAGCAGCGCUCCUCGCUCGCACCGUCCCCGCCCCUCAGCAGCUCCGUGAGUGGUAG